AUGCCGCCACCUGCAACAAGCUCCAGGUGGAUUUUAAGGCCUGGCAAAGGCAAUGGAUUUGAGGGCCUCGAGUAUCAGGAAUCAAGUCCAAUACCUCAGCUGGGACCGCGUGAUUGCUUAGUGCACCUGGAAGCAGCAUCCUUGAAUUACCGUGACGUUGCGAUACUUCAGGGCAACUACCCGUGGGCGGUGAAGGAGGAUGUCGUUCCAGUUUCCGACGGCGCCGGAGUGGUUAUCGCUCUGGGCCAGGAUGUCCGCGAAUUCAGAGUAGGGGACAAAGUGUGCACGUUGUUUCACCAGGGUUGGCAGAAAGGUCUUCUCACACCUGACAAGAGAGUGACGACGCUCGGCACAUAUCUGGAUGGCGUUCUUCGACAAUAUGCAGUCUUUCCAGAGACUGGGCUUGUACCCAUCCCUCAGCAUCUCUCCACGCUUGAGGCAGCGACUCUGCCGUGUGCUGCUGUGACAGCAUGGAAUGCGCUAUAUGGGCUGGAGAGUCGAGCUUUGCAAAGAGGGCAAACAGUGCUGGUACAAGGGACUGGCGGAGUGAGCCUUUUCGCCAUGCAAUUUGCACUAGCUGCCGGAGCACUUGUCAUAGCAACAACAUCGUCGGCUGAAAAGGAAACGAAACUGAAAGCCCUGGGUGCGCACCACGUCAUCAACUAUAAAACAAAUCCUGAUUGGGGGGCGACUGCUAAGAAACUCUCUGCUGAUGGACAAGGAGUUCACCAUGUGAUCGAAGUGGGAGGAAGCUCUUCUAUGCAGCAGUCACUGAAAGCCAUCAGGAUCGAAGGACUGAUCUCUCUGAUAGGCUUUCUGGGCGGCAAGGACGCGGCAUCUGCCUCCUCUUUCGCAGAUUGUUUGACCACUCUGUCAAUUGUGCGUGGGGUCAACGUGGGAUCCAAGGAGCAAUUCCUCGCCAUGAACGAUUUCAUGGCCGCUAACAAGAUCAAACCAAUACUCGACCAGAAUGUCUUCUCCUUAGGACAGGCAAAAGAGGCAUAUGAGUUCCUCUGGAGUCAGAAGCAGUGGGGAAAGGUGGUCAUCAAAUUGGCUUGA